CGCAUACCAUUUUGGACUCUCUUCUUCUCUUAUCUUGAUUACUUACGUUAAGAAAUGUUAUUUUCUGUGAAUGUCAUCAAUUCAUCCUUCUUUUUCUACUCUUCUCCUUCUUUAGUCUUUAUUUAUCACUUUAUAUUACUAUCAGUUGUUCUGGCUAGGCUGGACCUUUCCAUUUUUUUUGUUAGUAACCAAUCAUUCAUAAGAAGAAAACAACACCCCAUCUCCCCAGCAGUAGCCCCACUCUCACACUCCACAUAAUAUAUAUUACCUGAAGUUUCUCAUUGCUUGUUCAUCCAUUCCCUUUAUUUCAGUUCAAGGGAAUGAGUGAAAUAACACCAAAAAUCAAAAUGUCUAGAUACCAAGUGCUAGUUUUUAUUGUUGUAGUAUUUCUAUGCCUAUGCCACAGGUCAGUGGCAAUGGAGAAGAAGAAGAAAACAUACAUCAUUCACCUGGCUAAAUCACAAAUGCCAGCAACCUUUGAUGAUAAUACUCAUUGGUACGACUCGUCUCUCAAAUCGGUAUCUGAAUCAGCAGAGAUGCUCUAUGUUUACAAAAACGUUGUCCAUGGUUUUUCAGCAAGGCUUACAGUUCAAGAAGCUGAAUCUUUAGAGAAGCAACCUGGAAUUCUCUCUGUUUUGCCUGAGUUAAAAUAUGAACUCCACACUACUCGAACACCUUCUUUUCUUGGUCUUGAUAAAAGUGCUGAUUUCUUCCCCGAGUCAGAUUCUAUGAGUGACGUCAUCAUCGGAGUACUCGAUACCGGAGUUUGGCCGGAAAGCAAAAGCUUUGAUGAUACUGGGCUUGGACCUGUUCCCGCUUCAUGGAAAGGUCAAUGUGAAUCCGGGACAAAUUUCAGUUCCGCCAAGUGUAACAGAAAGCUUAUUGGAGCGAGGUACUUUUCUAGAGGUUAUGAGACUACUCUUGGUCCAAUCGAUGAGUCCAAAGAGUCGAAAUCUCCAAGGGACGAUGAUGGACACGGAACACACACUUCUUCUACAGCAGCAGGUUCAGUUGUUCAGGGUGCUAGCCUUUUUGGUUAUGCUUCUGGUACUGCUCGUGGAAUGGCUAGUCGUGCAAGAGUUGCUGUUUACAAAGUUUGCUGGGUUGGGGGAUGUUUUAGCUCUGAUAUAUUAGCAGCUAUGGACCAAGCCAUUGAUGAUAACGUUGACGUGCUUUCGUUAUCACUUGGUGGAGGCAUAUCGGAUUACUACAAAGAUAGUGUUGCAAUUGGAGCAUUUGCUGCUAUGGAGAAGGGUAUUUUAGUUUCUUGCUCUGCUGGAAAUGCUGGACCUAGUCCAUACAGUUUGUCCAAUGUGGCACCUUGGAUCACCACCGUAGGUGCCGGAACAUUGGACCGUGAUUUUCCAGCAUAUGUAAGCCUUGGCAAUGGUAAAAACUUCUCCGGUGUUUCACUUUAUAAGGGUGAUUCUUUACCUAAUAAGAUGCUUCCUUUUGUGUAUGCUGGUAACGCUAGCAAUGUAAGUGCAACUAAUGGAAAUCUCUGUAUGACGGGUACCUUAAUUCCUGAGAAAGUGAAAGGCAAAAUUGUGCUCUGUGAUAGAGGGAUUAAUGCUAGAGUUGAAAAGGGUUCUGUGGUAAAAGCAGCUGGUGGAGCUGGCAUGGUUUUGGCUAACACCGCUGCGAAUGGGGAGGAGCUAGUGGCUGACGCCCAUUUACUUCCCGCGACCGCGGUGGGUCAAACAAAUGGCCAUACAAUCAGGAACUAUUUAACCUCGGAUCCUAAUCCAACGGCCACGAUUCUUUUCGCAGGAACAAAGGUGGGGAUCGAACCGUCACCUGUUGUUGCAGCAUUCAGUUCCAGAGGCCCAAAUUUAAUCACUCCGGAGAUACUUAAACCGGAUAUCAUCGCGCCUGGUGUCAACAUUCUAGCCAGUUGGACCGGAGCAGUCGGUCCAACCGGGUUGCCUGAGGACAACAGACGGGUCGGGUUCAACAUUAUCUCGGGUACAUCCAUGUCGUGUCCACAUGUGAGUGGCUUAGCAGCUUUGCUAAAGGGGGCCCACCCGGAAUGGAGCCCUGCCGCCAUCCGUUCGGCACUCAUGACCACUGCUUACACCGCCUACAAGAACGGGGGAGCACUACAAGAUGUCACCACGGGAAAACCAUCGACGCCGUUUGAUCACGGCGCCGGACAUGUGAAUCCCGUGUCAGCCGUAAACCCAGGAUUGGUUUACGAUAUAAACGCUGAGGAUUACCUCAAUUUCCUCUGUGCGUUGAAAUACACUUCAUCUCAAAUCAAUAGCUUAGCAAGAAGAAACUUCACAUGCAACGAGAAUAAAAAAUACAGCGUUACAGAUUUGAAUUACCCUUCAUUUGCUGUUUCAUUCCCUGCAGAAUCCCCUACCAAAACUGGGAGUGCAGGUUCAAACACAAUCAAAUACAGCCGGACACUGACUAAUGUUGGACCUGCUGGAACAUACAAAGUUACAGUUUCUUCUCAAAGUAGUUCAGUGAAGAUUAUGGUUGAGCCUGAAACAUUGAGUUUCACUCAGAUGAAUGAGAAGAAAUUGUAUACGGUGAGUUUUACGGCUCCAUCAAUGUCCUCAACUACGAAUGUAUUUGGUAGAAUUGAGUGGUCUGAUGGGAAGCAUGUGGUUAGUAGUCCAGUGGCAAUUUCUUGGACAUAAAUUGUAUGAAGACAUAGCUAUAGCUGCUGUUUAUUUAUUUUAAGUUCUUGUUUUUCUGUUUUUAAGUUUCAUUCCAGCACAAAAGUUGGAACCUGGUUUCAAAUGUAUUUAUGGAUAACAUGAAGAAAUGUAUGCCUCUUGCUCACUGUA